AUGUUAUCUGGGAGGUUUGCCAAUGAUCCAGUUUACAUCAAGGAAAAUAGCAAUGGAAUUGCAGUUGUCGCACGUCGACUCUUCAAUGAACGAACAAUAUAUGAAAUGGUGGAUCCUAGGUUGAUGGAGGAAACUCAUGAAAACACUGUUAAUCUACAUAAAGGACCUGAUCCACAUUCUUUGGAUGCAUUUUCAAAAACUGCAUAUCAGUGUGUGGCAGAAAGACAAGCUGAGCGUCCAAUAGCAAAAGUCAUCAUCAAGAAACUUGAGGAAUUGUUAUCUUUUCAAAAACCGAUACUUGUUGCACACCUUGAUUUUGUUGCAUAUACAAUUCCAGAAUUAGUCAUUGGGGAAGCUUAUGAUUUUUUGUUGGAGCUGCAAAUUCUUUUGAAGUAUAAACACAAGUAUAUCGUCGGUCUUGUAGGCUAUUGCAAAGAAAUGGGUGAAAACAUCAUUGUUUACGACUAUGCAUCUAGAGGAAGUCUUGAUAUGCACUUGAAGGACAAUGAUCUUACCUGGAUGAAACGGCUUGAGAUAUGCAUUGAUAUUGCAAAAGGGUUGGAUUUCCUUCAUGGAAGCAUGUUAACACAAGAGGUAGUGAUACAUAGGAACAUCAGAAGUUCAAACAUUUUACUACAUGAAGAAUGGAAAGCAAAAAUUACUAGUUUUCGGAUUUCCUUAAUAACCCCAAUAAACAAGGAUACGGAUUUUGUCACGGACAAUUAUAGAGUCACAAAUGGCUAUUGCGACCCACAACAUGCGGAAUUUGGUUUCUUCACAAAGGAAUCUGAUAUAUAUUCGCUUGGUGUGGUUUUAGUUGAGAUCUUGCGUGGGAGAUUAAUUCAUGAAUUCUUCAUGGACUAUUUUCAAAAUCUAACUGAUUUGUUUAAAUUGUACCAUGAACAAGGAAAGCUUGAUGAGUUGGUGUUUGAAGGCAUAAAGGAACAAAUUGUGCCCAAAUCAUUGUAUACAUUUCAAAUGAUUGCCUAUCAAUGCUUACAUCGUGAAAGAGAAAAACGACCAAUGGCCGGUGAGGUUCAACUACAGCUUAAGAAAGCAUUUGAAUUCCAGACCUCCAAAACGUCGGUCAAAGUCUGGUCAAAGUCGCCGGAAAAACCAGUCGCCGGAGAGGUUUCACCGGAGAAGACGACUGACGUCAUCAUCGACCAGAAGUUCAGAAAAGUUGCGUUUUAG